AUGCCAGCUGAGGUUUGGGAGAAAGCCAACGGCUCCUCGUCGGAGGAGGAAGAGGAGAGCGAUGAUGAGCCAGCUCCACCCCCGCGAAGAGCCAUGUUUCGAAUUGCUGGACAGCCGGCUGCUCCAACCACAACGCCGCAAGAAGCGAAAACGCAAAUUGUCGAGGAGAUCAAACAAGUCACCACACAGGCCGAAGCCGUAGCUGCGCCCGUUCAACAAACCGAGAAGAGCGACGCGGAGAAACGAGCGUUGGAGGAACGCCAGAAGCUGUUGGAGGCCCAGAAACAGGCACAGGCAGCCCAGGCGUUGGCCAUGCAACAAGCGGCGGCCGCUCGUCAACCCACCGAGGCCAUCGACACCGAGACGAAAAUGCAAGAGGCAAAAGCUGAAGCCGAAGCGGAGAGGAAAGCGGCCGAGGAGAGGAUAAUGGCCGUCAAAAAACAGCAAGAAGAAGCGUUGAAAAAAGCACAAGAAGCCCAACAAAAAGCGCAAGAAGAAGCCAAAGCUCGUCAAGAAGCAGCACUCAAGCAAGCACAAGAGGCGCAGGCUAGGGCUCAAGCUGAGGCAAAGGCUCGUCAAGAAGCGGCAUUGAAGCAAGCGCAAGAGGCCCAAGCAAGAGCACAAGCCGAGGCACAAGCCAGACAAGCAACUGCACAGAAACAGGCACAAGAGGCACAGGAAAAGUCUCAAGCCGAUGCUAAAGCUCGUCAGGAAGCUGCACAGAAGCAAGCGCAAGAAGCGCAAGCAAAGGCUCAAGCUGAUGCUAAAGCUCGUCAAGAAGCUGCUCAGAAGCAAGCGCAAGAAGCGCAAGCAAAGGCUCAAGCUGAUGCUAAAGCUCGUCAAGAAGCUGCUCAGAAGCAAGCGCAAGAAGCGCAAGCAAAGGCAAAAGCUGACGCCGAAGCUCGCGCCAAGGCUCAGCAAGAGGCACAAGCAAAGGCUCAAACUCUUGCCCAGCAACAACAGCAACAGAAACAAGCUCAACAACAAGCCCAACAAGCCCAAAAAACCGCUCAACAACAGCCUCAGCAACAACAACAACAACAACAAUUGACGAAAGGGCCAGCAGCGAAGCCCCAGGAGGCCACAUUGAACUCACAAGCGACCAGCCAUUCAGUCAAGCAACCGAUAAAGGAACCAGGUAAACUGCCCGCCCAGGCUCAGCAACCGGAAGCGAUCAAAGGCGCCGCCGCCACCGUGCCCGGCAACACCGCUUUGAAGCAAACGGCCAAGGCUCAAGAGUCAUCGAUGUCCGAUGCGCCACUCCACCCGGUGCACACCGCCGCGCUAGCUGGCGUGAACGCUCAACGCCCGACCGUCAAGCAGACCGAUGUCGAGAAGCGUUUCGUUGAGAAAGAAGAAUCCCUGCCCGAGAAGCAGCGCGUGGCUCGCGGCGGUAUUUUGGUCGGCGCUCAGAAGUGGGAGCAGGAGUCGGUGGUGAGGGAAACCCAACCGGACAUGACACUCGAACGUGGGCCGGCCGGCAUUCGGCUUCAGGAUGAUGCCUGCUGGCAAACGCAGCAUCGCAUCGCACCGGAGAUCGAUGUGCCCGCCGUGGGGAAAGUCGCGAUUCCCGAGUUCAACGAUGAGCACGAAGUGCAGAAAACGAUCGUCGCGAAACCGGUGGGCUUUCAGAAAAUCGUUUGGAACGAGUUUCCCGAGGACAAUUCGCCGAAAGACAAAGUGCCAGCGCCUCGUGUCAAAGCUCAAGAAUGGAAACCCGUCAAUCAGGAAGAAAUGGAGGUAUUGCGAACGAAUUACAAUCCGGGAAAAGUGACUGCCGUUUGGCCACCACCACAAGACGAAUUCAGAGAGAAACGUCGCGGCGCAAUCACUCGAGUGAAAACCGGCGACGACUUGGCGUGGAUUCAACAGGAACAACACGAGGUACUCCGAUUUGCUCCUCGCACCACGCGAAUCAACCGCGCCUGGCCACCGCCCGAGGGACGAGCUCACCAAAGCGCAUGCUGCCGUCGAGUCGAUUCACAAAACCCUGCCCGUCAGCAAGACGCACGUCCAAAACGUCUCAUGGCCGCCCCAGCGCCACAGUACACUCUGGUGCCCAUCCGAUCGCCGAUCGUCGAAACCCAACAAGAGCCAACGACCGCUCAACAAGAGAUGGCGCAAACCGUUGUAACAACGACGAGCGUCGUUCGACAGCCGAUGGCCGCCAACUCAUUCGACUUCGGCCACUUGGAAACAAUCGAG